AUGGAAUUGGUGCAAGUUGAUCAAUAUGAAAGUGAUUUAUCAGAAGAGGAGUUACUGGAAGUUGGUGAAGCAAGUCAACUUAAAAGAAAACGAAAAAAGAAUUCAAAAUUUUGGAUUAAAAAAGCCGUGUUUGAUAAUGGUACAGAAGCAGAAAUAUCAAUAGGAAAUCAAUGGUCAAAAUAUUACACAAAUCAUACGGAAGAAGGAAGGAAAGUGUAUUACAGAUGCAAGAAAGCGAAACGUCAUGGUCCUCAAUGUACUGCAGGUUUAUAUUUGUUAUAUUAUGCAGACAGUGAUAGAGUAGCCAUUUAUGAGACAGAAGCUGAACAUGAACAUCAUCAAGAUGAAACUCAUCGUGGUAUUGAUGAAAAUGUUAAAAAAAUUAUAGAAGAUUUAUUCAACGAUGGUAUUAAGAAACCAAAACAGAUUCUUCGGGCACUUGAAUCAAGGAAAGUGAAAGUACCAACAUCAGCACAGUUAAACAACUAUCUUGUCUAUUAUAGAAAAAAGAAAUAUGGUUCACAUAAAAUAAGCUUAGGUGAACUAGAAGAAUGGUGUAGGAAUAAUGAAACUAUUCCAGUUGAUGAAAAUCAAUCUUUUGUUGUAUGUUAUAAGAUAUUGUACAAUGACGAUGAAUAUGAAGAUGAGGAAGAUAUAGAAGAUGAUGCUGGUGGUAAAUUUCGGAUCUUUAUAUCAUCUCUUCGUUUACUCAACAUUGCAUCCAAAUCACAACAUAUACAUGCUGAUGCAACUUAUAAGUUGGUAUGGCAAGGUUUUCCGGUAUUGAUAAUAGGAACAACAGAUCUUAAUAAAGCUUUUCAUCCAUUUGGUAUGGCAGUCUGUUCAAACGAGAAAACGAAAGAUUUCCAAUUUAUUUUCAACAGUCUUCAAAUUGGUAUGCAGAAAAUUGGUAAAGAUUUAUUGAAACCAACAGCUUUAAUAUCAGAUGCUGCUGAUGCAAUAAAAAAUGGCUUUAAAAAUGUUUUUAAUAAUUCAUAUGAAGAAAUAAUGUGUUGGGCACAUAUGAAACGGAAAAUUGAAAAUCGGAUAUGUCAAGUAGAUGACAAAGACAUCAGAAAAGAGAUCAUGGAAGAUAUUGAGCUACUUCAGUUAUGUAAUUCGUCAACUACAUUUAAACUAGCAACAACAUUGUUCAUGAAAAAAUGGAAAAUGAAUUCGAAACAAAAGAACCAAUCGAUAUUAGACUUUUUGAAUUACUUUGAUUAUGAAUGGCUAACAUUGAAUGGUGGAUGGUAUGAAGGAUUACAAUUAAAUACACCUAGUACCAACAACGCCCUAGAGGCAACUAAUAGAACGAUUAAGGAUGAUGGAACCUUUCGAGAGCGUCACGUAUUAUCAAGAUUUCUGACAAUUUCUUCGAACAUAAUCUACAAUUGGUCAACUGAACGUGAUCCAUUAUCAGUUAAUGCAAAACUUUUUGCCAUAGAACCAACAAUAUCUUUGGAAUUGUGGACAUCUUCUUAUCAAUGGGCUCAAUCAAGAAAAGAAGUAAUUUGUCUCUCACAUGGUUCUUUGAAGAAGUACUGUAUUCCAGCUCGUGAUAUUCAAUCAAUUACAAAAACCGAUAUAAAUAAAUACAACAAGAACCAAUGGAAAACAUUCAAUCAGUUCAGGAAGUCACAUGACAUGUGGUGUAUGGAAAUAGAGGAGGAUGCGAACUGGAAAACAUCAAAAUGCAAUUGUCCAUACUUUUUAAAAAAUUACGUAUGCAAACAUAUUGUGGGAAUGGCUAUUCGUCUUAAGUGCUGUAAACCACCACCAACAGCAAAAACUGUUCCAAUAGGACAAAAAGUAUCAACCUCUGCCCAAGUAAGCUCGAUCUACCCCUGA